AUGGCUUUGACAAAGAAUAUCACAUUGAAGAGUUUGGAUGUUGAGGCAUUUGAGGUGGAGGAGGCAGUGGCAGUGAAGUCGCAGAUGAUCAAGCACAUGAUCGAGGACAACUAUGUUGACAACAAAGUUCCUCUCCCCAAUGCUACUAACAAGAUUCUGGCAGAGGUUAUCAAGUAUUGCAAGAAGCAUGUUGAUGCCAAUUGCACUGAUGAGAAGCCUAGUGAGGAUGAACUUAAGGCUUGGGAAGCUGAUUUCGUCAAGGUAGAUCAGGUCACACUCUUUGAUCUCAUUCUAGUGAGGGGUUACAUGUUGUUGAGGCUUGAAGGUUUGGGCUUGAGUAUGAACAAGAUUUUUAUUGUGCUUGUGGAACUGCAAGGAUCCUUGCUUGGUUACCUUGCCUAA